AUGAUCGGGAAAACUCUUCUCGUUAGCGCUCUUCUCGUCGUUUUUGCUGCAGGACAGGAAACUAGUGAAUUCUAGGCCACCAUCCUGAAUUUCUAGUCCCCUCUUUCAGAAUGCUGUUCGUACCCGCUCCUAACCAUCAGCAUCAGCACCGCCAACGUCACCAGGAACAACUUUGAAUGCUCGGAGCCCGUCAACUUCUCGUGCAGCCUUGCGCCCUCGACGCUAUUCAAAAAAGUGGCGACCGUCGGAAUGCCAGGAGAUGUGGUCGAGAAUAUUGAAGAGAAUAUUGUCGGUUUAUGUGCUAGAAUGUCCUCAAACCGUACAUUUCAGAUCAAAUCCGACGCCUCCAACGCGUUCUCCGACGUCGUCUGCGAUCCUGAACAGCAUUUGUGGCACGCAGACGGACAGAAGAAGCAGUACCAACGAUUCUAUUGUGCCUAUCAGAAGAUCAACGGAAAAUGGAUUCGUGGCUGACUGUCGCACACCGAAAACUCAACAAAUUUAUGAUUUUUCGAUUUUAUCGGUGUAAUAAACUCAUUUCAUAAAACUGUUAUGACCAAGAGUAUAUAAACGAGCACAGACGUGUGUAGAAAACGAAAUAAACGCCCUUCUCACUGCUCUCCUCGUUUUGGCUGGAUCCGGAGUGGCUCAGGCAAUUGGUAAGGUUUCUAGGCCACCGACCACAAACCUUUCUCUUUCCAGACUGCUGUCCCUAUCCAAUCUUUCCAUGCCAACGUCUCCGACACCGAUUUCCAAUGCUCCGAACCCAUCGAACUCACGUGCAACAUGGCCCCUUCUAGAACCUUCGUCGCCGUCGGAAUCGCUGGAAAUCAGACGGUCAAUGGGAAUCCGAAACAAGAAGAAUUGGUACGGUACCCGCUUUAUUUAUACCUUUUUUGUUGUUUCAGUUGGGCAUCGGCCAAGGAUCGAUAAUUGCGAAUUUGGAGUGUGAUCUCCGGAAGCGUGUGUGGAAGUUGAAGAAGAAUGCGGUGAAGAAAGGCGGUCCCUACUGGACGAACGUCGGAUGCGCUCUGAUGCUAACCGACGGGACUUGGAUCACUAUGUGA